AUGGGUUUGAGAUGGCUGGAACAGUCAGAAGAAGAUCCCCUUGUAUACCAGACUGGGCACCGUCACAAUAGAAAUUCACCUAAAUGUAUCAUCGGGAAAGUUCAAAUAACAAAAGAUGGAAACAACUUCUGUUUGAGCUGCCUUGAAGAGCAACGCCUAGUUGCAUUGCUCCAGGGGUCAGUUGAAUCAGAUGAUUCACCUGCGUCAGGUGGUGAAGAAGAGCAAGGGGAGCAAGCUCAGGCGGACAACUUUUCAGAGCCAAUUAGAUUUGAAGCUGGAAGGAGUAGGUCUGGAAGACCUACCACCAGAUAUGUCCUCUGA